AUGGAUUCGUUCGAAGCUAGUACACAAUUCACACAAAUACUUAAGGGGUUAACACCCUCCAUUCAAAAUUUGACUCGAGCAGCACACUUUGCAUUAAAAAAUUCAGAAAGUGAAGAUUAUUUGUUCCAUACGAUCAUAGACACUUUAGAUGACCCAAACAUAGAGCUAAACACCAAGUCGACGAUUUUUCAAUUUAUAGAAGUAUUAAUGCAUGAAUCAUUGGUUAUAUCACUGCAACCAAAAUCCCACUAUACGUAUCCGUAUGUGCAUAACUUGAAAAAUUCUCUACCCAAAAUUUUACUCAAGGUAUUACCUGGGUCAAACAAUUCAAGUUUAUACAACGCCUAUAAUAGUUUGAAGAAUAUAUCUGAAACAUGUAAGGUUAAUUAUGAUGAAUACAACAAAAAGUACAGUGGUAUAUCCGAGUUAUUUACAGAUGAAGAUUUAGAGAACAUCGACACCAAUUUACCGUUUCCUGACAUCAAAGUGGAAGAUGAGAUUGAAGCGUCAGAUCCAUUAAUAACUACGUGGGAUUUGUUAAUCAAAAAGAAAAAACAGAGUCAAUACGAGAGAUUGCGGUUGUUAAAACACCUGAGAAUGAUUGAAGAAUCCGUAGAGGAGGAGGACAUGUUUAGUUAUAAGGGAGGCAAGUCACAAAAAGACCAAAAUAACGGCAAAGCAAAUGAACUUUUACUCUCAAAGAAACAUAUUUUGUUAAGAAUGGAAGAUGACAGAGAGACCCAUAAGAGAUCAAAAGAAAAUAUAUGGGUUGUAAAUAGACCAAAGGAUGCUUCUAUUUUAACGGAAGAUGAAUUCUUGGUUCAUUAUUGGAAUAAAUAUAGAGUGAUGGCAGAGGAAGAAGAGAAGACAUUUAUGGACAGCCUUGACGAACUCAACGGCUUGGUGGUUGAAAGUUAUAAAGAUAAGCAGUUUUAG